AUGGUGCAUGGCUGGCAUACUCAUCUUCCAGGUCUUGCUGGUCUUUGCGGCGUCAUGAAUCUGCUGCAGGCAUGCAUCGUCUUUAACUUUCCGGACAACUGUUGCGGGGACAGCAUGGCGGACGAGAACCAGUUCGACGUCAGCGACGGCUCGGGCUCUGACGGCGAGGACGCAGUCCCCGUUUCCGGCCCCAGCAGGCAAUGGCGGAGACGUGUGAGUCGAGGCGAAAGAUCGAAGCUGGCCGCAGCGCUAUGCGUCGAGCAGAAGGGCGUGGAGCUGUCAGCGCUGCCCCAGCGGUGA